AUGAAGCCGUCGCAGUCGAAGAAGAAGGGCAAGAAGAAGAAGAAGUCCUCGCCGCCGUCCGCGGCGCCGGCCCCUGCGCCGGGGGAGGGGACUGCGGAUUCGGAGGCCUGCUCCCCGCUGCCCGGAACCCAAACCCUAGCCGCCGCCACCGCGGCGGCGGCGGUUUCGGAGACGGAGUCCAGCAGCAGCGGCGAGGCCUCGACGUGCGCGUCGUCGGCCUGCUUCACCGCAAGCUCGUCGGGGACGGCGUCCUCGUCCUCCUUCUCUGCCUUCUCCUCGUCGGCGUCCACCGCUUCGUCGUCGGCCGCCGGCGAGGAGCGGCGGGACCUCACGUGGCUGCUCGACGCGUUCGCCAGCGCCACCAUCGACCAGAUCGACUCCGCCUACCGCGAGGCCGGCGGGGACCCCUUCGUGGCCGCCGGUAUCCUGGGCUCCACGCAGGACACGCAGCCGCCGCAGCCACCACAGCCGGCGCCGCAGCCCCCGCCACCACCGGAUCUCUCGCCGCGCAGUGGAUCUGGUGGAAGGAAGGCUGGCCGGAGGCCCAAGCGGGUUGCGGUGGCCGCUACGGGCAUGGUCGCGGACGUUAUUGGCAAGGAAUACACGCGGCCCGCGACUACUCCUGUAAGCGUGCCAAAUGCGUGGAAGGGUCGGGAUGGGGAGAGGGAUGGCGGGUCUGGUGGCUGCAAGUACAGCGUUGAAGAGGCAGAGCAAUUCCUGUGCUCCAUGCUCGGGGAUAAUUCCGAGCUUGGCAUGGGUGUUGUCAGAGACGUGCUCGGUCAGUAUGGGUAUGAUGUUGAGAAGGCUUUGGAUGCAUUGCUUGAUAUAUCUGGUGUGUCUUCCGUUGAAAACAUGGAAACAAAUCAUCAAAAUGCUGGAAGGAAUGACACCCGGCAUCUAUAUAUGUUCCCUGGAAAUGGGUUAUCAGUGGACAAUCUGACUGCAGGGAAUAGAAGAAGUUUACGACAGUUGACAGAUGAGAUAUCCAACACUAGGUUCCAGUCUGAAUUAGGACAUGAGUUUUUGUGGGGUGAACCUCAGAUCAGCUAUGCGGAGGCUGUUAAAGAGUCACCACAUUCACCAACAUUGCCUUCAAGAUCAACUGUAGCGAAAGCUGGUCCACAACAAAUCCUCGAUUCACUGUUUAAAAUUCCUGAAAUACGCACAUAUGAGCCAAGCUCUAUGGACUGGAAAAAGGUAGUAAAGAAACUGCAAACGUUCAAUUAUGCCGCCGCAUCAAACAACCAAGAAAGGCCUAAGAAUGGGGAUGGCUAUCGUGAGUUCCGUGGUGUUGCUGGGAGGCAUUAUGAUAAAAUGAAAGAAUACUAUCAGAAAGCUGCCCUGGCAUAUUCAAAGGGUGACAAGUCAUAUGCUUCUUACCUUGCUGAGGAGGGGAAACAUUAUCGUGAACUGGGUCGCUUAGAAGACGAGAAGGCCAGCAGGAAUAUAUUUGAAGCCAGAAAUAAGCAUAUAACGAAUACAAUAACCAUCGACUUGCAUGGCCAACAUGUCCAACAAGCUAUGAACCUUCUCAAACUUAACAUGAUGGUUUGUAUUUGCAUGCCAUCUGUCUUACUGAGGGUGAUUACUGGUUGUGGUUCAGAAGGUACAGGGAAGGGAAAAAUAAAGCGCUCGGUUAUAGAGCUUGCGGAGAAGGAACAUAUUGAGUGGCGCGAAGAGAACUCUGGAACUGUAGCCCUUCGGCUUGGUGGGCCAAGAGAGUAUCGGUUCCUUGAGCAUGAAAACGAUUCUGACUAA